AUGCUGCGGUGUUCUGUUAUACAAUGGCUGGUGCUGGCCGUCGCCGGUGGCUUGAGCUGUUCGCCAGUAUCAUGUCUGCCACGAGCCUUCCACCGCUCCCCAGGGGCUAGCGCUACAAACGGUGCAUCCAUGACUAAACCAUUAGUCUCUUCAAUUCUUUCUGGGAGCGAAGCCGAGCAAGAACGGGCAGACAACUGGGGUACGGAGAACGGUAAUGAGGUUUCUGACAAGUGGCGCUCUGAUUCUUCAGCAACCAGCGGUAUUAAAAUGAUCCCACAUAGUUUUAAUCAGCAAACGGAUGAGGACAAGACGACUAGAAUGAGUUUUUACAAUCCCCUAACAAAAUACGAACAGACGCAGCCCAGGCGCUUACGCAGCGGGAGGGCAGUACAGGGAGUAUUAUCCCCUGAAGCAAUAGCUGCGGAGGUCGAAGAGACAGCACUACACGAAGGAAGUCCUUCAUAUGUGCAAAAAGAUGGCGAUACCUUGCCUGAACUGUCACUUCCCGUAGCGGGGGCUUCUGCCGCUUCUCACCUUCAAGUAGGGGAGAAGCAGAUCAUUGAUCAACUACUUACAGGCAUGCUAGGCACCGGAGUCAACAUGAUGCAAGGAGGAGGCCUAGGAGCCCAGCCAGCAGGAGGAGCAGCAGCGCCUGCAGCUGCCUUUGGUCCAACUCCGGUGUACUACGCAGCACAAGAAACAGGAGUCUCCACGGUGGAAAUAGUUCUCAUUAUCAGCGGUAGCAUUCUCGUGAUUGGCCUUGUGGGUCUUAUGGUUUGGCUUUUGACUUCUAAGAAAAAACGAAGACGGUAG